UCCUCAUAUGAGUGUGUGUUUGAUGGAGCGGAGCGUCAGUUCUCCGCGGGGCCGCAGAGUAAGCGCGCGUAUGUGUGAAUGUACAUCUACAUGUGUGUGUGUGUGUGUGUGUGUGAGCGGCCAUCAGCGUGCGCAUGCAGGAUCAGUGUGAGAUUACAGACUGAAGCGGACGGACCCCGAACACAAUGACUCUCCUGAGCUCCGAACACUCCGUCCUGAUCCGCAGCAAGUUCAAAUCAGUCCUCCAGUUGAGGCUCCAGCAGAGGAGAACAAGAGAGCAGAUCUCAGAUCAGGCCGUCAUGCCUCCCUUGAAGAGUCCGGCUGCGUUCCACGAGCAGAGGAAAAAUCUGGAGCGAUCCAAGAAUGGAGAUUACUUAAAGCACAAAAUCAGGAGUAGAUCUGAGAAAUCAGAGCUGGCCAACAUGCGGAUUCUACACGACGGUGAGGGUCCCACAGCAGACACACACUCCAGACUGAAGAGAGCCAGACUGACGGAGCAGAACAUGAGCCCGCUUCAGGAGGACACAGACACAGUGAAUGAUGGGCUGCAGCAGGACUCGUACACGUUCGAGGAGGACAGUAGCAGUGAAGAGUCGCUCCUGGAGAACAAGAGCAGCGGAUCCUGUUCACCCACAGCAGACAGCAGCCGUCAACACGGCUCUCAGAGUAAAGACGGCAGCUCUCAAAAUCAAGACGAGAACAUGACGAAGAGCCAGGAAAACCCACCGGUUCCCGUUCCUGCAAUAGUCAAGUCUAAGAUGUCUGAGAAGAACCGGCACAAGAAGCCCAAAGACAUGAAGCCCAAAGUGAAGAAGCUGAAGUAUCACCAGUACAUUCCUCCAGACCAGAAGGCGGAGCGUUCUCCAGCGCCGCAGAUGGACUCAGCGUAUGCGCGACUGCUGCAGCAACAGCAGCUCUUCCUGCAGCUGCAGAUCCUCAGCCAGCAGAAGCAGCAGAUGCAGACGCAGCAGACGCAGAUGCAGACGCAGACACAGCAGAGCUUCAGCUACCACACACUCGGCCCGCACACACACAAGCAGGUGAGUGAAGCGCAGGCCUCGUGCAGCUCCAGUGUUCACACCAGCACCAGCAGCAGCAGCAGCUCAUCAUCUCCAGAGAAGAACAGCUACUGCUCCUCCAUCAGCCCCGUCCGGCCCGCACCGCUGCCCACCAACCUGGAUGACCUGAAGGUGUCAGAGUUGCGUCAGCAGCUGCGUGUGCGUGGUCUUCCAGUGUCUGGUACUAAAACCGCCCUGAUCCAGCGUCUGCGGCCCUUCAGAGACUCCGGCUGCGGCUCUCCGUUGGGUCCCGUGGAUCCCAGCUCCUCCACAUUCCCAGCGUCCUCCUUCCAGCCUCCUCCGCCCUCCGCCGGCCUCCACCCGUUCUGCAGCUCCACUCCGCCUGUGUCUCCGGCCUCCUCUGAUCUCUCCAUCAGCGCAGACAGCUUCAGCGACGCCACCGUAUCACCGUUCGGCACGCAGCCGUCUCCGGCACACACUGAACACACACCGGACGCAGAGAAGGACAAGAUGCUGCUGGAGAAACAGAAGGUGAUCGAGGAGCUGAUGUGGCGGCUGCAGCAGGAGCAGCGGCAGGUGGAGGAGCUGCGCACACAACUGCACAGGCGGAGGCUGGAGCCGCACGCACACACACACACACCCUUCUGCAGCGCGGUGGUCAAGCAGGAGCCGCUGUCCUCCAGCUGUGUGGAGCUGCAGACGUCUGGAGGUGUGUGUGCGUUCCUCAGUCCGCAGUGUUCUCCGCAAGAGUCUCCGCUCAAUAAACCCUGCAGCAGCCCUCAGUCCACACACACAUCACCUGCGCACACACACCUGCUCACACACACACUCAACCACAACAACACCAGCGGCAGCCGGGGCAGCAUACAGCACCAGCAGAAGAGCUCUGCGCCGCCUCUGAGCUGUUCGUACUCGUCUGAGCAGAGAAGUGUUCAGCUUUACUGCAGUCCGUCAGAACACAGCAUCAGUUCCAGAGCUGCAGCCAAGAGCAGGAGCGCCGCACCGCAGAGAGAGGCUCGCUCCCCGUCGUCUCCCGCCAUCUUCUGUAGUUCAGAUUGUCCUGCAUCUGUCAGUAAGCGGCCGCCGUGUUACCAGGAUGCUGUGAAACAGCAGAUGGUGCGCAGUCAGCAGAUGGAUGAGCUUCUGGACGUCCUCAUUGAGAGCGGAGUUUCCCCGAGCGGCGGCCGCUUCCACAGACCAUACGACGCUCACACAGAUGUCCAGCUGGAGGCGCUGCUGCACCGCACACACUCUCAGACACACACGCAGACACACACAGACCCGAGCGCGCCGGCGGAGCUGCUGAUGGAGCCGCUGUCUCCCUCUGCUGGUAAGCUGGCGGUGCUGGAGGCUCAGGGUCUGGGUCUGGGCUUCUGCGAGUCCCCCUGGGAGAGCAUGGAGUGGCUGGAUCUGACGCCGCCGGGCUCCACCUUCCAGAGCGCUGUCCCGCCCGCAGCCACACACACACACAACAUCUUCAGCUCCGAGUUCCUGGACGCGGCGGACAUCAGCCUCAACCUGGACCAGUGGUGAAGAACACACACACACACACACACACACACACACACACACACACACACACACACACACACACACACACACACACAAAUGGACACCACAACGGUUGCUAUGACAACUCGACAUUGCCAUAACAGGUCAUAAAUCUGUCAUCAACAUGAUCAGGCCAUUAUAACUGUGGUGAGUGUUAUAACAGCGUCAUCAUCAUAUUUCCUGAGCUCAGCAACAGUGGUACGAAUUGAAUAUCAUUAAAAUGUGAUUAAAUAUUCAUGAGGAUGCUAUAAAAAUGAUUUGACAGCGUAUUGACACUUUUAAUGAGAUUUUCAAGGACACCUUUAGUCUGUUCCACAGAAAAAAAUACUCAAAUUGAAUUUGUCAUUAAAACGUCAUUAAAUAUUAAGAGCACAGACACUUUUACUGGGAAAUUUGAAUGAAGAAGACAUAUAAACAGCACAUCGGUGGCUAUUAUAGCUCAACAAUACCGUAACAUAUCAUCAACAUGAUCUUCACCAGGACAUUAUUACUGUGUCCUAAUAUUUACCACAGCAUCAUUAAUAUACUCCCUGACAUUAAUAACAGUGGUACACAAUCAAUGUUAUUAAAAUUAAAUGACACAUUCAUGAACCUGUGAUCAAAUUAUUUGACGGCAGAGUAUUGACACUUACUGAGAUAUUUUAACAACAAAUUUAGUUUGUACUGGAUAUCCACUGCAACUGUUUUUGUUCAAAUUAAAUUUGUAAUUAAAACCUCAUUAAAUAUUCAUGACAUCACUACAAAAUAAUCUGACAGAGUAUAGAAACAUUUACUGAGACAUUUUAAUGACAAUUAAUGUAUCACAAAAAUAUAAAUAAAAAUUAAAUGUGUCAUUGAAAUCUCAUUAAAUAUUCAUGACGCUAUUAUACAAUGAUUUGACAGUGUUUGACACUUCUACAGAAAACUUUUAAUGUCAAAUUGAGUUUGUCCUACUGAAAAAAGUGGAUAUCCACUGAUAGAAAUUCUAAUUAAAUUUGUAAUAAAAUGUAAUAAUAACAACACUAUCAUUUGAAAGCCUAUUGACACUUUUACAAAGAACAAAUUUUUUCCUCUGAAAAAUAUUCAAAUUAAAUUUGUCAUUUGCAUCUCAUUAAAUAUUCAUGACAUGGUACUAAUUAAGUAAAACUAAUUAAAUUUGUGGCGGCGCGGUGGCGCAGUGGGUAGCAUGUUUGCCUCACAGCAAGAAGGUCUCUGGUUUGAGUCUCGGCUGGGUCAGUUGGUGUUUCUGUGUGGAGUUUGCAU